CUGUUUCGGACAUUCCCAACCAUCCUGGAGCCUGUAAAGCCCAGCAGAGACAGCUGUAAGACCUGUGCUAUGGUGGGAAAUUCUGGUAACUUGAAGGGAUCACGUCGUGGACCUCAGAUAGAUUUCCAUGAUUACGUCAUCAGAAUUAACGGGGUCGCACCAAAGGCUUCGAAGAAGAUGUCGGCACCAAAACAACUCAUCAGGUCAUGUAUCCAGAGAGUGCCAUGGAUUUAGACAACUCCACUCACCUUGUGUUGACCCCAUUCAAGAUACUGGAUCUAGAGUGGCUCAGGAUGAGCAUGACAACUGGAUUUCAUGGAAUGUCCUAUGCGCCAGUAAAAUCAAAAAUAGCAGCCAGCAAGGAUUUGGUGAUGGUGAUCAACCCGGCUUUCAUAAGAUACGCUCAUGACACAUGGCUGGGAAAGAAGGGCCGGUAUCCAUCCACUGGCUUUAUAACUUUGGCUCUUGCGCUGAACAUUUGCAAUGAGGUUCAUGUGUUUGGUUUCGGAGCAGACAAGGAUGGAAACUGGAAUCAUUACUUCGAGGAACUCCGGGACAAAAAGUUCAGAACUGGAAACCAUCCAGGACAACGGGAGUAGGAUGUUAUCCAGCGUUUAGAUGAGCAAAAACAAAUCUCCUUUUAUAGAGGGUGGUGAAUUCCUGACAUGCUGAAUGACAUGCUGCUUUCUUUGGGAGAACACUACCAGAGUGGAAGGAAGAAAUAAAAGCUAAAUUAAAAGUGUACCAGGUGGAAGUUUGUAUGAAAUGAAGCAAUUAUGCACGGUUUCAGGGUAUUCACUGUCUGUUUGUAUUUAUUUUUGAACCAGGGAUGCACUUUUAUAGUAUUGAAGGAAAUUUACUAAUAUGUUGGAGAAAGUUUUGAUGAGAUACUGUGUAUAGGAGCUUGUCAAAGCUACUGUGAUUAACUCAUGUGAUAUGGUCACCCUUACAGUCUUCUCUCUACCCAAAUCUAAACAUCACAUCCACAUACAUCAAGACCAUAUGAAGAAAACACACAUUGAAAUACAACUUAAUCCACUCAGACCUCAAAUGCAGAAACAUUUAAUUGUUGUCUUCUCUUUGGUUUCAGUUGUUGUGAAUCUGCGUUACAAACACUGAUAAAUGGGACCAAGUAGCUUUGGCUGCCAAAGUUAUGUAGCCUCCAGAUUUUGAUUUCGUUCUUUGUUGCCAUGUACAAAUGUUAUUUGUGUGUACUAGGCUGGUUUGACUUGUUUAUGGCAUAUGGAAACUUUCCAAGGGGAUUUGUUGCGGAGACAAGAGAGUAAAUCUGCCAGUAGGCAAGUGUAA